CAGUAAAGUUGUUAACCCCCGACAGUAGCACUUUGCUUCCCACCUCCUCUAGUUUCAGCCCCGCUGUACAUCGACAGGGAAAUAAGAGUUUCCAUCGAGAGAAAUUCGCCGCUCGAGGCCGGACAGCGGCUCCUCCCGCCGGGGCUCCGCCGCCGUUAGCAGUCCGGCCGAAUUCAGCCCGAAGCGGCGGCGAACAUUCCUGCUGCGUCGUGUUGUCUGUCGUCUUUUUUUUUUUUUUUCCAACUUCUGACUUGCACAAAUGUUCCCCAUCUGUUUUGGAAGCUCCGACCCGUGUCCAGUGCUCGACUCGGUCCAUUUGGGAAAAGUUAUGGAUAUAUUGAUGAAAAGAGAAUUUCUGCUGCUUUGGUUUGACUCGGGCUAAAGACAGUAUGAUCUUCAUCAUCAUCAGAAGCUGCAGCAGCAGCGUCUACAGGAACACCAUCUCCAGCGGGCCAUCUCGGCGCAGCAGGUCUACGGUGAGAAGCGGGACAACAUGGUCAUCCCAGUCCCCGAGGCGGAGAGCAACAUCACCUACUACGACUCCCUCUACCCCGGGGACUACAAGAUGCCAAAGCAGCUAAUUCACAUACAGCCUUUCAGCUUGGACACGGAGCAGCCGGACUACGACCUGGACUCGGACGACGAGGCCUUCGUGCUCAAGCUGAAAAAAAAGAUGGAGAUCAGCUUCCUGCAGUUUGAGGAGAUGAUUGACCGGCUGGAGAAGGGCAGCGGACAGCAGCUUGUGAGUCUUCCCGAAGCCAAACUGCUGCUGAAGGAGGACGACGAGCUCAUCAAGGAGGUGUUCGACUACUGGAGCCGCAAGAGGAAAAACAGCAAAGCCAACUCGCUCAUCCCCAACGUCAAGCAGGAGAAGCGAGACGGCUCCAGCACCAGUGACCCGUACGUGGCCUUCCGGCGGCGCACCGAGAAGAUGCAAACGAGGAAGAACCGCAAGAAUGACGAGGCGUCCUAUGAGAAGAUGCUGAAGCUUCGCCGAGAUCUGAGCCGAGCAGUCACCAUCCUGGAGAUGAUCAAGAGGAGGGAAAAGAGCAAACGGGAGCUGCUCCACCUCACACUGGAGAUUUUUGAGAAGAGGAACGUCAUGUCAGACUUCGGCGGUGAGGUGAUGGCCGAGGUUCUGGCUGAACGGGCGCUGGUGAGGCCGCAGAUCAUCCCACUGGUCCCACUUACCAACCAGUACCGAAACCAGGACCACAUGGACCUCAAAGACUACAAGUCCAAGCCUGAGAAGGCCGAGGUUCCCCGGCAGAAGAGGAAGUAUGAGAAGAAACAGAAGGUGCUGCCUCUGUCGUCAGGAGCUCCUCACCAUCCAGGCCCUGUUGUCUUCAACGCUAAAGACCUGAACCAGUACGACUUCCCCAGCUCGGACGACGAGCCCUUCUCCCAGCUGCACUCAGGCUCUUCUGAAGCAGAGGAAGAGAACGACCCAGACGGUGCCUACGCCUUUCGUAGGAAGGCAGGCUGCCAGUACUAUUCUGCUCGUCAGGAUCGGGUGGGCAGCUGGAAGUGGUGCGGUCCCUGGGACGGCGGUCUGGCCGACAGUCGCUUUCGCUACAGCCUCACCACGCUCACAGUGCCGAGGCGGUGCAUGGGCAUGGCCCGGCGGCGUGUGGGACGAGGCGGCAGGGUGUUGCUGGACAGGGCAUACACAGACUAUGACAACAUUUUCCAUGGACUGGAUUCAGAAACGCCCGACUUGCCUCUUCCCUCCUCACCUGCUGCUCCGCCUCCUCCUCCUCCACCGCCGCCUCCUCCUACUGCUUCACGCUCACCGGCCACCGACAGGUUUUCCAGUACCUCAGAAACAAAUACCUCGAACAGAAGUUCCCUCAACGCGCCCCCCUCCCCCUCCACGCCCCCCUCCACGGACCUCAGUCAGAUACUGUUGAAUAUAAAGUCGUGCCGAUGGCGGCACUUCAGACCACGGACACUACCACUACACGAGCUGGACAAUGCCCACCCAUUGUUCAGGCGGCUGAGCCGAGGCCUGAAGCGCCCAGCCUGCGUCUCCUCGGCCGGAGGGCAGCCCUUCGGCUGCCAGCGCCCGGGGAGGGUGCUCCCUGCUCCCGCGCCCGUCGCCGCUUUCACAGCCGAACAGUACCAGCAGCAUCAGGAGGAGCUGGCCCUGAUGCAGAAACACCAGCUGGAGCAGAUCCAGCUGCAACAGCAAGCCAACAGCACCGCCACUGCCAACAGCACACAGCAGGGCCUGGCGAACACACUGGACCAGGCCGGCGCUCAGUUCGCCGCCUCGGCCCUCGUCACCGCCGACCAACUGCUGGCUCUGAAAUCCAAGGAGGAGCUAGCCCUGGGAGGCGGAGUCAACGGCGUCCUCUCCCCCUCAGGUGUCUACAAGGGCUUGCACCUCUCGAGCACAGCGUCCCCCUCCCCCGCCGCCCCGGCUCCCCCCGCCGCCGCCCCGACCCCCGCACAGCUCCACCCCUGCACCACCACGAGCUCCGCCGCCAGUAACAACAACGGCACGGCCCACCCGGCCGCCGCCGCCGCCAACAGCGCCGCCACUCAGGUCCUGCUGGGCAACAACAACAGCCUCCGCCUGGGCGUCCCCGCCGGCAAGCGCAUCCACGCCCCCCGCACGCUGAGCAGCGCCAUGUCGACCUCCGCCUUAAAGCUCGCCCACACAGCAACCGCCAACUGUCAGAAACCCAAGGUCACCACGGCCUCGGCCUCGCCGCUGGGCAUCGUGCCGAGGGAGAAUCACGAACAAGACAAGCCAGCACUUAACAGUCUAUCAGAGAACACAGUGGCCAUGGAGGUUACGUAGCCUCGCGCUCACGCCGCAGGAAGCGUGACUCCUUUCCCUCCUUUUUUUUUUUUUUUUUUUUUUUUCUUUUUUUUUUUUUUUUUUUUUUUUUAAUAUAUUUUUGUUUUAGGUGCUAUGCAUCAUUUGUUAGUCGUGAAUGCAAGUGGCGGCGGAGUGAGCACGGCAAGGUUGGGUUUCCACGGCAACCGUUUUGGGACUUAAUUGCAAUGCUCGUCUCGUACAAUUCCCCUCUCGCCCCCCCUCCCCUCCCCAUUUGUUACUGUUAAUAAGAGAUCGUCUGUAAAUUCUUAAUAUGGCAAAUAUAUGUACAGUACUGCAUAUUUGUAAUACCCCCACCACCACACCACCACCCCCCCACCCCCCCCCCCCCCCCACCCCCACAUUCUUGUAAAUAACAUUACUUGAAUACAGAAUUGUUCAUUUGUGAUGUUUUGCACUCGAGAUAUUAAAAGAAAAAAAAAAACAACUCAAAAUUAAAAAGAGAAAACGACAAACUGCAACUGGUGCGAGUGUGAGGUGUGAACGGUGAACCCCACAGAUGUAUGUCAUCACAUGCAUGGUGCAGAACCUGCUGUUUGAUCUAUUUAUUGUGCCGUGUUUACAAUAAUCUUUUUUUUUUUUUUUUUUUUACCCCCAAUACAUAUUUUUAUUUUAUUUUUUUAAUUGGUCUUUUUUUUUUUUUUUUUUAACACUACACUGUGCCCCUCCCCCUCCCCCUCCCCGUGCUGUAGUCGGUGUUAGCUAGCCUUCCUCUUUCGUUUUGGAGAUGCGAACAUGGCGGCAGGCUCCCCGUUCUCCCGCCGUGUUGCGUCGUGUGGCGUCGGACCCACGGAGACAUGCGUGCGCACACUGGGAAAUCCGUGGCAGUGGUGGGUCAGUCAGUCCCCGCUAAGCUCUUCCAUACAUACGAUAUUCCUGAGACAAGUAACAAAACAAUGGGGACGAACACUUUUCCCACAAGCUGCUUUCCACUUAUCUAAGCACUAUAUGAUUUUUUUUUUUUUUUUUUUUUUUUUUUUUUUUUUAAUUGAUUGAUGCUGCUUUUCUAUGAUUUUGGUCACUGGUUUGUAUCAGACGGCCUAUUUUCGUUUAGAUUUCUCUCAAAAAAAAUAAUCCCUGCCCCCCUCCUUUAUCAUUUUUUAAAAAAAAAAAUAAAUAUUUUUGUAUCGCCCGGUUGUGUUUGUUUUAAAUAUCCGCACGAAAGACAUCAUUCUUUUGUUACUUGUUGAUUAAGAAAAAAAAAAAAAGCAAAAAAACCUAUAAGGGAGUUUAAAAAAAUGCAGUAACUGACAUUUAUUAUCAUUCCAGCUUCUAAUAUAAUAAUUACAAAAGAAAAAAA